UUGCCUCUUCUCCUGAGGAUCGUUAGGUAUGAUUCUAGGCCUGCACGUCGAAGCGAGCCCUUUGUCAUCGCAGCCCCAAAAAUAGUACGGGAACGGUCCGCGGCUCCCCUGGACAACAAUGUGGAGCCACGCAAUUGCACCGUCACAGGUCUCAACCACAGCUGAGGCUGACUGACGAUGAUGGCGUUCGCUGCAAUUAUGAGGUCGCGCGCACUAAUGCAGGAGUAAAACUCUAUACGACAUGUUAUAUCCUGAUCUUCUGCGGUCCUGAACUUGUUCUUCAACUAACCUCACUUUCUGAAUUGACCUCCUCACGCAGAACAGAAAACAGACAUCACGUUCACGACCAGACUUCAAGAAACCACUCGCUAGCAUCGCAUUGAAGACACAAUACACCAAGCACAGCUACCAAGAUGUCCUCAGCCGUAUCCUCCGCGUUGGCCACCCCCAGCAGCUCAUCCUGCGCGACCGCCGACUUCACCAAGUUCCCCACGGGCAACGACGCCGCCUGCGCCGUUGGCAGUAUCAGCGGCAUACCAUCGAAUACCUCGACCAUCCUCUCUUCGUGCUGCAAAUCCGCGCCCGUCGAACAAUUCAAUGGCGAAUGUGGAUACUACUGUCUGUCCAUCGAGCAGUCCGUUGCCGAUUUGCAGAAGUGCUUCGUGGAAGGAGGCGUGAGCCCGAGCACGGUGUUUUGUACUGGGAAUAAUACUGCGACGGCGACGGGGAAGCCGAGUAGUAGUGCGAGUAGGAGUGGGAGUGGGAGUCCGACGACUGGUGCAUCGAGGGCAAGUGGGGGUGGAAGCAGUGGAAGCACUACGACCCCAUCUGGUCCUGCGAAAAGCACCGGGGCUGCACCGGCGGGUUUUGCACCGCAGAGUGUGAGCAAGGCGGGCUUGGGGGUGAUGUGUAUGAUUGUUGUUUCUGCUUUAGCGGGUGCUGUGUUGUAGAAGGGCGAUAAUAGAGAGAGUGAGACAGAGUGAAGCUGGCAAAAGGGGUACGAUUAAGGUGCCAACAGUCGUAUACUAUGUUAUUUGUUUUCUCGAGCCGUUUGACUCCUUAUACUAGGUAGUUUGGAAUUUAUCUCAACUUGGGGCCUCUCAUCAUUUCGUGGCUCUCAAAGUUGGCCCUUUUCCAGGCAUGGACACCAAAGGAAGAGAAUGGAGACUAAGUCGAGGCACUGGUAUAAUUCUAUAUUCUUCUCGCCUUCAACUUUCUUUCAGAGAGAAAAUGAAUGGUGCGACAGCAUC